AUGCCGGAAUAUCAUCCUGGUCACGGAUAUCGUGAGCAACAUGCCGAUCCAAGGAAUCGGUUCAAAUUUAUGCGUCCAGAUGAUACACCGGACAAAGUGCGCUCUGGUCCCUUGAUUUUCGAGGAUCGUUUGUCCGAGCCGUCUGGAUCGACAGAUCUUCAGGAUGUGCUCACGGUUUACAACAACCCGUACGCCUCACUCAACAUUAAGCAGCAAAGGGCUCGUUUACCAAUUUAUAAGAAUAGAGAUCAUAUCCUCUACUUAUGCGAGAAAUAUCGCACGAUCAUCAUUGUAGGUGAAACCGGUUGUGGGAAAAGUACACAGAUUCCACAGUAUCUGCUAGAAGCCGGGUGGACGAAUGACGGUCGAAUGAUAGGAAUAACUCAACCACGAAGAGUUGCUGUUGUUACGUUGGCCUCACGUGUCGCCGAGGAAAAAGGUACGAUUCUGGGACAAGAUGUGGGUUAUACUGUACGCUUCGAUGACGUAACUGAUGACCAAACGAAGAUUAAGUAUAUGACUGAUGGAAUACUUUUGCGGGAGUUGUUAACAGAUCCACUGCUUUCAAAGUACAGUGUGAUAAUGAUUGAUGAAGCUCAUGAGAGAACUUGCAAUUCUGACAUCCUGUUAGGCUUGCUUCGAAAAGUACUAAUAGUACGUCCUGAUCUUCGCAUAAUUGUCUCGUCAGCUACAUUGGAUGCUGAGCUAUUCCGUGACUUCUUUGAACUAAAUGAAAGCAGUCAAAGCGAUCUUAACACUUCUUGUAUAAUGUCAGUCGAAGGACGCACACAUCCAGUUGCAAUCUACUAUACAAAAACAUCUGUACCCAAUUACAUCAAAGCCACAGUUGACACGGUGCUAGAUAUUCAUAAAAACGAAAUACCUGGUGAUAUUUUGGUGUUUCUCACAGGCCAAGAGGAAGUAAUCCAGGUAUGUGAACUCCUAUCUGAUGGAUCAUCUAAUUUGCGAGAUGUCGACAAGCUGUGGAUUGUUCCGUGUUAUGGUUCUCUUCCUCCUCGUGAACAAGUGUUGUCCAACAAUUUUUCAGUGCCGAUAGAAUUGGUCGAUUGUGGAUUUGUCAAGUUACGAGCUAUGAAUUCUGAUAACGGAAUUGAGACACUAAUGCGCUUACCAAUAUCGAAAUCGUCGGCGGAGCAACGGGCAGGGCGAGCGGGAAGAAUUAGGCCUGGGAAAGCGUAUAGGUUAUAUCCUGAAUCGCAGUUUGAAAAACUUCCUGAGGGUACGGUACCCGAGAUUCAGCGGUGUCAUCUGGCUCCAGUCAUUCUCCAGUUAAAAGCACUGGGGAUUCAGAAUGUCCACAAAUUUCAUUAUUUGUCGCGACCUCCAUCAUGGUCGAUGAUCACCGCACUCGAGUUGUUGUAUGCUCUUGGGGCACUAGACGAGAAGUGCAUGCUCACAAAUCCCCUUGGUUUGCGUAUGUCCGAAUUCCCACUUCCUCCAAUGCACAGUAAAUGUCUUCUUACAUCAGGCGAUUUUAAUUGCAGUGAGGAAAUUGCAACGAUAAUUGCAAUGCUGCAAGUGCAAGACGUAUUCAUGAUUCCUACCAGGAAUCGCAAUAAGGCCGAGGAAAUUAAACGUCGAUUUGCUGCAGAAGAAGGUGACCAUAUCACUCUGCUGAAUGUGUACACGAUGUUCAUUAAGAAUAACAAGAGUCGAAAGUGGUGUAGCGACCAUUUUCUGAACUAUCGUGGACUAUGUCGAGCUGAUAAUGUUCGAGCACAGUUAGUGCGAUUACUACAAAGGUUUGAGGUGCCGUUGUCUUCGGUGCGUGCUGCGACAAAGAUUAUUCGUUGCUUAAUUUCCGGCUUCUUCUCACAAGCCGCACGAUAUCAUUACACUGGUAAAUAUGUAACACUAAAGGAAGAAUUUUCAUUCAAUGUUUAUAAAGGAUCAGUUAUCAUGUACAAAAAGGAUUAUCCGAAAUGGGUCAUCUUCACUGAUGCUAUGCAAGAUUCAAUCCGAGACGUUUCCGUUAUUGAACCUCAUUGGUUGUAUGAGCUUGCACCACAUUACUAUGAGUUCGGCACGGAUAACGAAGUGGCCAGAAAAAGAGCACGAGAAGGCUGA